AUGUCGCGGGAUCGAAUGUUUGGCUCUCGUCUGACAUACGGCCGGCGCAACAAGUCGUCGUUUCUGCGAGAAAAACAGGAGGAGCAAAUGCUGUGGGACCAGCAGGAAACGUCAACGUCUUCCAACAACCCCAACCGUCACUCGGGCGUGCUCAAGGAGUCGUCGCACUCCAAGAACAACUCCGUCUCGUCGCUGGCUGCGCUCAAACGACGAUCUUCCAGCAACACCGCAUCCCUCGUCUCCAGGGACAACAACAACAAGGAGAACGAGAACAUUGCUCUGCCUCGAAAACUCGACAAUGCUCCCCGCUCCCGGCCGCUGUCGAUGGUCUCGACCUCGUCUGUAUCAUCCACAGGCUCGUCGACUCGAACAGUCUUGCUCGAUAGAGUGUCCAAGGCCUUCUCUUCUCUGUCUUCCGACCAUGGAUCAAGACGGACUUCGGUGGUCCAACAGCCUCCUCACACCCCCAAGCGGCAGAUGAACCCUGAAAGUCGAUGGUCCAUGACCACGGGCACGAACACACCCAGCACACACACAGGUAGCACCCCUGCGGGCCGCACGUCAUCUCUACGACGCUCCUUUGUCGAAAACAAUCUCAACUCGUUGCUUGCAGAUGAAGAUCUGGACCUGUCCUUGCAUCAAUACUCUUUUGACAACAAAGAUACAGCUUCUAAUUCAGGAGACGUUUCUAUGGAGUCAGCUCACAGUAUCACUCUCCAGAAUGACGACCACGACCACGACCACGAUGUCAGCAUGAACAGUCACCCCAGCAACGCCUCUCUGGUGUCCAUCGUCUCCAAAACCGGUCACGGACGAAAAGAGUCCGCUACCUUCUACAUGCUCGAACCCCCUCAACAAUCAAACUCUUCUCUGCAUUCAUACUCACACCACUCUCAGUAUAACAACUCACAACAUUCGACACCCUACAGACAGUCCCUCGCUCCAGCUCAGUCGCUGCGACAAAAGAUUUCGCUCAUGUCAUUGGAGAAACAUGAGCCUCUGCGACGAAAACACAUUUCAAAAGAAAGCAUUUCCACCCCUCGGGAGCUGUCCAAGGACGAGCAGCGAAAGGGAUCCACUUCAUCCCACUCGUCCUUCUUCUCCAUCAAGUCUUUCCGAUCGCAACACAAUCAAAACUAUGAAGAUAGAACCCCCUCGCGGUCGUCUACUGCCUCUUCUCUGGCCAGCAUGUCAUCCAACCAUUCUGAAAUGUCCAUUAAACGGUCCUUCAGUGACGUGAGAAAGUCCAUCUUGUCCCUCCGAGGCUCCAGCUCGUCCAGCAACUCCGACUCCAGAGGAAACAGAAGAUCCUUCCUGGGAAAACGGACCAACGAACCGGCUAUGGCACACGUCAAAGCCCAGAUCUCGCUGCCCACACCAGACAAUCUGUCACGUGACAAGCUGCGAAACAAACUGAAGGCGUCGACGUCACUGCUGUCGCUGACCCGGUCGGAAACAGACACAUCUCAAGUCGUGGCCAUGCCAUUUGAAGACCUGCGGACCACCCAGCUGUCCACUCUGCUCAACUUGUGCGACUGCGGAGAGGUCGUCGAUUUCACCUUCUUCCUGGACUCAAUUCUGUCUGACCACAGGCAGGGAGCUCUGGUGAAGCUCGCCGAGGCGUCUUACUCGGAAGUCUUCGCGCGAGGCUCGUCCGUGUUCAAAAUCAUCCCCUUUGGAAACGACGAGCAGGAACAGUCACCUGUCAAGGACAUUAUCCAGGAACUGACCAUCGCAAAGACCGUGCAGUCGUUGGAGGGCUUUGUCAAGGUCCUAGGGGCCACUGUGUGCCGAGGCAAGUACCCGGACCACCUCAUUGGUCUGUGGGACGACUACGCCAACUUCAAGGGCUCAGAGAGCCACCGACCCGACUUUUACUCGGACAACCAGCUCUUCUGUAUCGUUGAGCUCGCCAACUCGGGUACAGAUCUCGAGCAUUUUGAACUUGAGAGCUGGAUGGAAGCCGAGUACGUUUUCUGGCGCGUCGUGAGUUCCAUUGCCGAGGCUGAGUCCAAAUUCCAGUUUGAGCACCGGGACCUGCACUGGGGCAACAUUGUCAUUCAGCGAACCGCGCGUCCUGAUAUCGAAGAGAAGCUCGCCAACAUGUCUCUGGAUGACCUGGACAAUGCUGUGUUUGACGACGAAGACGACUUUGUAGCUCCAAACCUCAAGGUGACUCUCAUCGACUACACCCUGUCGCGAGCUCGAGUUCCCGCUCGAUACGGCAUUGACGACGGAGCCGUGACGACAGUCUUCACUGGUCUGGACCAUCCCGACUUUUUCCGAGGCCGGGGCGACUAUCAGUUUGACAUCUACCGUUUCAUGCGGGUGCUCAUCAACUCCGCCACGUCAGAGAUGAACUCUGUCGCGAAUUGCGGAGCGUCCAUCAAUUCGUCCCACAGUUCACUAUCGUCGGUGGCGUCCAACAAGCGUGAUAGCAAUGAGACCGAUUGGUCACUGUUUGCGCCCAAGACCAACAUCAUGUGGCUGCAUUACCUGGCAACCAAGCUGCUGGAGAACAAGGGCCUGUCGCACGUGACCACCACUCGGUCUGGACGGCUGUCGUUUGGUACCUCCAACACGUCGCUCCGAUCGGCGUACCUCGCUGGAGAAACUAUGGAGGCUGGUCAUCACAUGUCCAACCCCCACGAGGAGGCUCGGGCAUGCAAGUCGCUCAACACCGUGACUCGGUGCAUCGAUCCUCGACGAAAGAAGCUAGGAGGCAAGCGAUCCGGUACCGCCAUGGUGUUCCAGGACUUUGACUCCGCGUCUGACGUGCUCGAAUGGGGCUUCAAGAACAAUCUUAUUCCCGAGGGGCUGUUGUAA